AUGCAGACAAUUAAGUGCCUUGUGGUAGGCGAUGGCAAAACAUGUCUCCCAUCUGAAUGUGUUCCGACUGUUUUUGGUGACUAUGCAGUUACAGUUAUGAUUGGUGGAGAGCCAUAUACUCUUGGACUUUUUGAUACUGCAGGGCAAGAGGAUUAUGACAGAUUACAACACCUGAGCUAUCCACAAACAGAUGUAUUUCUAGUCUGCUUUUCAGUGGUCUCUCCAUCCUCAUUUGAAAAUGUGAAAGAAAAGUGGGUGCCUGAGAUAACUCACCAUUGUCCAAAGAUUCCUUUCUUGCUUGUUGAGACCCAAAUCAAUCUCAGAGAUGACCCUUCUACUAUUGAGAAACUUGCCAACAUCAAACAGAAACCUAUUGCACCAGAGACUGCUGAAAAGCUGGCCCAUGACUUGAAGGCUGUCAAGUACGUGGCGUGUUCUGCAUGUAUACAGAAAGGCCUCAAGAAUGUAUUUGAUGAAACAAUAUUGGCUGCCCUGGAACUUCUAGAACCAAAGAAGAGCCACAGGUGUGUGCUGCUGAACAUCUCUCCAGAGCUCUUUCUGUACAGCUGA